AGAGACAAACCAGUCAGAACUAACCUCUCAAAUUUGACAAGACGAUCGGCACGCGUAAAGUCUUGGGCAGAAAAAUGACGGGGGAUCCGUCGGGGACCAGUCGGUAUAAAGAGGAGCGGCAAGAGAGAGAGAAACAGGUGUUUGUAAUCGCUCGGAUGUAGAGGGCCUGCCGCGAAUGGCAGGCGAGGGCGCUGCGCUCGCCGUCGUUCGGUGUAGCUCUUGUUGCUCCCGUUUUCCCAGGCGGAAUCCGCAUCGCACGUCGCUGUUUUCUGUUGUGUUUUUGGGGCCGUGACCGGGACGGAGGAGGAACAUGCCGUUUUGAUAAUCGUCGCGCGCGAGGCAGGGCCGAGCCGUGUGCGUGCGAGUGUGUCGUGUCCCGCGGUGGUCGCUCUCGCUCGCGCGCGCGCGCGCGCGUGUCCCGUACGCGAUUUGUGUGUUCUGUGUGCGCAUUGUGCCGCGUGCCGCGUGCAGGUGUAAUUUAAUAAGCGCAGGCUGGGGUGGCAGGCUGGCUGGCUGACUGGCUGGCUGGCUGGCUGGCUGGCGAUUUAACAGGAUAUCGAUUUGUCUGUCGCUGGCGGUGGCGGCGGCAGCGGCGAGCGUAGUGUCGCCGCUGUGUGUUGUGCCGCUGGCUCCGCAUUGGCAGCGCACACACCGUCGCGUCGUUACGGCCGUCAGGCGUGUUACGGGGCAGCCAUGGACGUCGAUAUUUUUGGGGCACAGCAGUCCGCUGGUAGGUCGGCGGCUGUGCCGUGUGCGUGCGUGCCCGCCUCGUGCCCGAUAAGCGACGAGAUGUGACGCGAGGGUCGCCCCGGCGCGAUUAUUUCCCCGUUUCACGUCACGCGUCACACGCAGAGAGGAGCGGCCGAAGACCGUAGAUCGUCGUGGCCGACACGCACGGCGAAGACUGAGACGCGCGACGCGGUUGCGACGCGAUUGCGCUGCAGAAUCGCGCAGAUCGGCAGAGAGCGUUGGACUGGAUCGGGCGAGAGCGGGGACGGAGAGCGGAUACCUGGUGUGCAGGACCGUCCGUUUGGUCGUUGGGUCGGCUCGGUAUAGAACGGGUCCUUCCGUAAGCUGCCAGCUUGUUACACCAACCGACGUGUUUUGUCGAAGCAACCGGUGAGCGUCCAGGAUGGAUCUGAACGGCGCGGUGGCGCCCGUUCUCGGGGCCGUGGCUUGUCCCGUGUGCACCCUGUAUCUACGCGAAGGCAUCAGCCUGCAGAAGCACCUGGACACCCAUCCCAAGGAACAAGUGAUAGAUGCUCUUAUUAAGGCUAGUUCCUCCUCGUUGCAAUCACAGCAACAUCAACAAUCACAUCAACAACAGACUCCAUCGACAGUGCCAGCACCGCCAUUAGUACCACUGACACAGACUACUCCUCAGACCUCUGCUCCCAUACAGACACCUCAGGCAUCGUCCCAGGUAUCACCAAAUGCACAUAUCCCUGCUCACUCUCCGUAUCCCAUAGGACCUAUCUUCGAGUGCCCACCUAUAAGCACAAUGAUGCCACCGCAGUUCACCUCGUUCAGCUAUCAGCAAUUUGUGAACAACGGGACCAUGAUGAUACCGCAGGCGUACGCGAUGGCGCCCCAGACUAACCAGAUGAUGCAAAUGCUGUACAGUCCGUACAGUAUGUACCAGCAGCAACAGAUACCCACCGUCCAGAUGAUCUCACCGGUCACGACUAUACCUGGCGCGACGAGAAUGCGACCAGUGGCCAACAUGAGCGCGGAGAACAACGUGAGGACGACCUUGACAGUUCCUAUGAACAGUCCCGAGCCGAAGCAGAUUCUGCCUGAAAUCCUAUCCGAGCACGAGGCUGGACAAGUGUUGCCGGCCGGGAACCCACCGGCGUCGCCUCUACUGCAAAGUGAGGACGUGGUGGCUGUAGAACGCGAGCAAGUCGAUGACGACGCGCUGCACGUGGAACAGCAUAGAGUGGUGCAGCAGACGCAAAGUUCCACGGUCGCCGGUGAGGACGCCGCGCAGCACGAGUACAAUAGCAUUCCUAGAUCCAUCGCGAUCACUUGCUCAAUGAGCAAUAGCGCCGCGGACGAUAAGGUAGAGAUGGUAUUACCGGAUAUGCAGGAGGACGACGAGGAGGAGCCGAUAAUUGACGUGGCCGUGGAGCUGCCGUGCGAACCCGCGGCGUAUGAGCAAUCAGAGACGCAACAGUUCGCGCGGCAGGUCACGGUGGAGGAGUACGUGAGUGACGACAAGGAAAACGACGCGUCGCCGGACGACGCGGUCGAUCCUAUGGCUUGCGAGCGUGACGUGGAGGAAGCUGCGGGCGACGGGGGAGUCGUGAGCUGCAACGCUCCCGACGACGACGACGUUGCGUCGCCGCGGAAGACGCCAGUGAACGAAACGAAGGAGCCUGUUCGUCAACCCGAGGUGGAGCAGUUGGAAAAUCUUUUGAUCACCAUAAUGGAAACUGAGUUGAAUGACGCUUCGCGGAGAGAAGACGACCAAAAGAAUGAGGAAGAAGAGAGAAUGAACGAAAAGGAGGAACCUACGUUGGACCGAGUGGAAAGUGUGAUUCACGACACGGUGAUGACGACUCUCGGUUGUCAUGAAAACGAUCAUAUAUUGCCUGACAUGCAGGAGAACGACACCCCCGAGUGCCCGAACGAGUACGUGGAUCAUGAACUGGAAAGAACUUACUGGUACCGGCACAGGCAUGUCAGAUCAGCGCCUCCGUCUCCCUUCAUGAGGAAGGAGUCCGCUUUUAGGGAAGACACCAUCAGCUCCUCGCGUUACGGAUCCUACUUCGAACGUCGGCGAGUCGGCUCGUGCGACAAUCUCACUCUGUAUUUCCGAGAGCACGAUAACAACGACGACAACGACGAAGACGUGGAUGUGGACGACAAAGUCGACGACGAGGAGAACUUGGACGAGGCGGACAUGGAGAUCGAGGCGAUUCCCAGUCCGCACACGCCUUUCGCGCGAUACGGCAAUAACACGGAAUGCGUGAGAUCGCACACGCCGUUGUCUGCGAUCAGUGGUAUAUCUGUGUUAAGGGUUAGGACGGAUCUCAGCAAGCCCUGUUCACCCGUAUCCGUGCAGUCCUUCUGUCACGUGGACAGUGAUAGCUUGAGCCAUGACGAGGACAGUAACAGCGGGGUAGGUCAUAAUAUCGUAGAGAAAGAUCCAAUUGACUGUUCUCAGGUCGAGGAGAAAAUUAAGACUGAUCAUCAUCAGCAGCAAGCGAUGGACACGGUGUGUGAGAAUGCCGAGAAGCUCCAGGAGUCGAGUUACGUAUACCAUCAUCAAUCGGUGAUAACCGAGCACGUCAGUUCGUUCUCUGUGAAUCAUUCGCCGCCGCCGCCGCAGCAGCAACAGCAGCAGCAACAGCCCGUUUUAACGCACCACGAGUCGUAUUCUAUGACCAGCUCCAAGACACACAGCCUGUUAAAUCUGUCCGAGUCGAUUCAUCCCACAACCAGCGCCGAGUCCAAGAGCUUUCACUCCACCACCAAGUCAUUGAUGCCGAAGCAACCGAUGGAACUGCUUAACAUAAACGAGGAUGCUCACGCCGGGCCGAUGAAUGUUUUCGAAUUCGAAGGACUACAGAUAAUAGUUCCUAGUACAUUUAUAAGUGAUUCGUCCCAGAAAGCGGUGAGUGCGACCAGCCAGCAGUCCAUGGCGAGUAGUGAGGGUGCGAUAGGUAUCGAUGAGGAAGUCAAGAGUAUUAACAUGCGAGCUGACGAGACCAUGCCGCCCAGAGGCGAAUUAUCGGAACAAGAGAGCAACGGGUGUACAGAACAGUCCGCAUGGCAGUUGUACAUGGGUCAAGAAUCUUCGCGUAUGUCUACUUCCUACGAUCUGCUGGCACGAGAAAGCUGGGAAGAAUCUGAAGGAUCCGAUAAUGAGAUCAGCGGACCGCUGUUGGAUAGCAGAUCGUUGGCCACGCACUUCACGUCAAGCCUGUUUCUGGACCGGGACCGGAAGACACCGACAAAACGGACGUUCAAGUGUUAUCAUUGUAGCGAAGUAUUCGAUUGUCCCAAGGAGCGCAGAGUUCACAGCACCACGGUGCACAAGGGAGCGGUGCCCAGCAGCAGUAGGGAUCAGUUGGAUCCGCCGGAGGUGAAGGACAUCAAGUUGCUCGACAAUCGAAUGAACGUGUUCGACGACAUAUUCGUGCCGGGUCUGCACGUGCAGCAGAUGUACCAUCAGCAGCAACCACUUCUGCAUCAGCUUCAGCCGCCGCAGCCGUCGGACCUGACCAAGGCGGAAGGCGGUGAUCAGAAGAUCGACAAUCUGGCGAUACCGUCGACCAUCGAGGUGACGUGCGCGAUAUGCAGUCAGCGAUUCAACAGCGAGAAGUCCUUGCAAGUGCACCACAAGCGCAUGCACAUCGCCGAGGUGAACAAGCGGAUUCGCGAGAACGCUAAGUGCCAGAUAUGCAGCGAGGAGUUCCCGACGGUGUUCCUAUUCAACGCCCACCUGAAGAUUCACCCGCUGGAGUGCAGUCAGUGCGGCAAGUACUUCUACAGAAAGCAAAAUUUCAAACUCCACAUGAAGCGUCACCUCGGCAUCAAGCCGUUCCCCUGCACCGUGUGCGACAAAGCGUUCCUGACCAAGCAGAAGCUGGACGAGCACACCAACGGCCACACCGGCAACGCCCCGGUCAAGUGUAGUCUGUGCAACGAGACUUUCCGUAGAUAUUCGAAUUUAACGCAACACAAGAAUCGGCAUCAUCUCAACAUCAAGAAGAAGCUCAAGGACUACAUAUGCCAUUGCGGCGAGGUGUUCCACACGAAGAAGAAGCUGGCUUGGCACAAAGAGACGCACGACGAGAAGCCGAAGGCGUGCACGUACUGCAACGAGAGAUUCAUUCACAUGGCCAGCCUCACGCGUCACAUGCGCCGCGCCCACAAUCGCCGAUUCGUGCCCGAUGCCCAUCGCGAGAGCGAGAACGUCGAGUGUCCGAUAUGUAAGUGUAUCUACCUGCGCUCGUCGCUGGCGGUGCAUAUGCGCGUGCACAACGGCGAGCGGCCGUACGAGUGUCAGGUAUGCUCCAAGGCGUUCAGCACUAAGUGGAACCUGCAGUUGCACAAGUGGACCCACGCGGCGCGCAGCACCAAACCGUUCAAGUGUAAUCAGUGUAGCGCCGCGUUCUACCGUCACAGCGACUACACGGCGCACAUGAAUUCCCACCGCAACGUGCGGCCGUACACGUGCAACUAUUGCGGCGCCCAGUUCAUACGCAAAUACAACUGCCUGCGGCACGUGAAGGAGCACGAGGAGAACAAGGCGUACACGUGCGACGUAUGCAACAAGACCUUCCACCGCUCGUACUAUCUUAAGGAGCACCUGCGCGUGCACUCGGGUGCGCGGCCGUACACGUGUCACAUCUGCGGCAAGACCAGCGGCACCAAGUCCAAUCAUAACAAGCACGUUAGAAUUCACCACGCGCGCGAGCCUGUAAAUACCGAAAACUAAGGCGGGACAUUAGGACUCUUCGUCGUGCGUUCGUUCGUACGAACCUCUUCCCUUGUUUUCUUCUUUACGUAGCUCAAGACGUCGGACUCGGCGCAGCCUCGCGCUGUACUUACAGCGAUAGCGGAUAUUCAGGACUGGAUAGAAUGUUUUCCCUUGGUAUAUAUCGGGUACGGUCGAGAUCGGCAUUCCGUGAUCUCGUCGAAUUUAGUUGGAAAGAGGAAGGAGGGAGGGGGGAAAAAGAAAACUGAAAUCGCGGAGGUCGUAAGUCCGAUUGUCGAUCCCUCUCUUUAAGUGGUAACUCGAUCCAGCCUGAAUUGCACGGAGAGAGAUCCGCUGAUUCGUUGGCGCGAUCUUUGUUCCUGUUCGAGAAUCGUAGGCAUAAUUACGGAAACGGGAAACAAAAUUUAGUUAAGAUUAGCGCUAAAUAGGUAGCGCAACUGGCCGUCGAUGUAAUCGAAUGCAGCUUUCAAUUGAAGUACCGUACACACACAUACACGUACACGUACAUACAUGCAUUCAUCAGGGGUAGGGAGAACGUAAUAGCGCGUGUACGCGCUGAUAACAAUGAAAGAAUUAAGUCACUGUAACGGUAUCCGUGUGCUGAGUCUGAAGCGCUGGGUCUACUGUUUAGAUUUUUAUUCGAUUUUCCACGAUUAUUAUGUUACAUACACACGCAUUACGACGUUUUUAAUAUUAUUAUCCUGAAGCCACAUAGAAAUCUUUUAUAUACCCGAAAGUGUCUUACAGAUAGCAGCACUUCGAGCAUUAUCAAUUUGCUAUGCGUAAACGUAAUCCGGUAACAUUAUAUUAACUAGUCGUUUGUGUGAUUUGAACAAAUUGUAUGCAAUUUUUAUUGUGUGUCGACGAUCUCGAGUAAAGGUUUCCCUCGUCGUCGAAGAUCACUGCAUUUUUUAAUUAUGCUCUGUUGCGUGUAUUAUAUAGAAUUUGGAUAUUGUUAUUAUCGUUUAAUAUAUCGUGUGAAACGCUAUAACUGUUUGUCGUGUGUAACAUUUCUUGUGAGUUCUUUUAAUUUUAAUGAGAGUCUCUUAUACUGGACAUUUGUGUUAGUACAAAGCGCUCGUCACACGACCUUCGAUCGUAUAAAUGAUUUCGUAAAUGUUAAUAACAUUUGUGAAAUUGUAGCAGCGUAAUCAAUGUAUCGAUUCACAAGUUGACAUUGAAAUAAUAAUAAUAAUAUUAUUUCAAUAGCAAGGAGCAAGUUAUCGUAUUAAUUGAAACGUAUAAAAGAGAAAACGUGCUAUACGCAUACGUGUGAAGCAUCGAACGUUGGUUACGAUACGAUAAUGUGAUAUUUACGCUUAUUUUGGGGCGUAUUUAUAUCGGCCCCGAUAUAAAAAUUUGAUCGUUCAUUGGUGCAUGCAUGGAAGCGUUUACGAAAAAAUGUAGCCUUCACAGUCAACAAAAUCAUAUUUGUCAUCACGCACGCAUUCCAUGCGCAACUUUAUAAAUGUUACCAUGUACGAAAUCAUUCACAUUAAUCGAGGAUUACACGACGAACGCUCAAGUACAUAAAAUAAGAAAUUGUUACACUUCAUAUCAUCGUCUGUCUUUUCGAAUGAAAUUACUACUGAACGAUUGAGGGAAAGUUUUUAUCGAGCAAAUCAACAUUCGUGAAUCCGUGAACAUUGAUUUUUUGUACCAGAAUGUUUCGGUGAAUUUGUAUAAAUUCAUUUUGUAUAAAUUGCAAUAACGUACAUGCGAUUCGUAUUUGAACGUAUAUAUCAUUCUUCCAACACAGAAGGAGUGACACAGAAGGAGGACAUUUCAUCUUAUCAAAAAUUUCUUUUUCUUUUUAUUUUUUUUUUAUUUUUUGUUUUUAUUUAUUAUAUCGUUAUUGAAUUUCUACUGUUGUAACAAUUUUUUGUUAACAAUUAACGUCUAAAAGAUUUAUAACUUUAAAAACUAAUAUUUCGACAUUUCUUUGCACCGAAAUGAUACAUUUAAAUUUGUAUAUUAAGUCUCAAUUUAUUUACAUUGCACUAAAAUGUGAUUUGGUUGACGAAAUAAUUUAAGUGAAUUGUUGUUUACAAUGUAUGACUUCGGAUUAUACCGGGUUGGAAUUUUAUUAUACUGUGUUAUGUGCUACAUAUAUUAUAAUUUUAUUUUCUUCGAAAUAAUUACUAUGUAGGUCCAGUGACUUGAGACUUUAAUUAGUUAAGAUAAUGAAAUUCUUAAUGAAAAUUAACUAAUAUAUCGUCUCAAUGACAAAGUAGUUCCUGCGAAGGAAGGGCUACGCAAUUGAAACACGUUUGCCAACUAAAUAGUAAUUAAUUAUUAUGUAAAGGUAUUAUAAAUCGAUCCAUUAAUAUUUACAGAAGUAUGAAGCACUUUUACGUGUCGAUGGUUGUAAAAAAAUUUCUUUUUUUACGAUAUCUAUAUCUUUACGUGAAGUGUGCAUGUUUGCAAGAUCGCGCAUUGUUGCCCAAUAUAGUAAGUGUGGAACGGCUCGUAUUUAAAUUGCGUUCAAUUUUCUACGCAAAAGGGCCUAUUAAAACUAAUAUUAUCACUACCGACUAUCACGCAAUAGUUACGAAUCUUAGUUGUUAUUCUUCUAUAUUUAUAUAUUUUACAAUUAUGUAAGGCCGUAUUUUUUAUUGGUUACUAUAUAUAAUUCCAAGACUGAUCGGUGUUGGUUCUUCGUAUAUUGCUCUCUAAUAUAUAAAUCAAAAUGGUUACUUUUGUAUCAGCAUUUUAAUUUAAUGUCGCUGAUAUCGUUGCACGAUGAUUCGCUUUAAUUAUCGGUAUCGUGUAUUAUACAUACAUGAUAUUGAUGAUUUAAAGCAAAUACAUGUGAAUGCACGAAAAUCGAAAGAUAUUUCAAUGCUUGAAGACGCAAAAAACCAGUGAUUGAAAUUUAAAACUCUUAUUCGGCGUUUAACUUUGUUAUUUUUUUAUGCAAGGGAGCAAUGUGGAAGAUAGAGGACAUAAAGCUGUCUGAAUAUGUGUAUUGGUUGUCGUAGAUAUCACUGAACGUUUGAUUGAUUUUCUGCAAAUCGUGUGCUAAAACGAGUUCUAUUUAUUAAUCUUAAAAGACCAAUGAAAAAAGUGAAUAUAGAUUAAAAAAGGUGGAAACUCGUAAGAGUCCACUCGUGACUAUUUAAAUGACAAUUUAAAUUUGAAGGUGUCAACAUAGCUGAAAGUUUACACGACAGUGUGCAACAAUUUGAAUAUUUACGUGCGCUACGCUGGAGCUCGUUCGAAAGACAUUAACCCUUUGUACUCGAAAAUGAUUGUUAUCCGACGUUUUCUCGUUGGAUACCUCUCGUAGUGAGAAUGCAAAUAUUUUUACUUUUGUUAUUCUUGCGAAUUAUUGAACACUGCUCACUUAAGAUUACAACUUGUUGGCGAUUAAAAUAAGGAGGUAAUUGAAAAAAAUAAUAUUACAAAAUGUUGUGGACACGCAUACAUAUUAAAUUUGGACAGAGAAUUGUCUCGCUAGUUCUAGAAAAUAUAGACUGUGCACCGAUAUGAACAAUCACACAUUGAGAACAAGUGCGAAUAUGAAUGUGAUAAAAUACGGAAAGAAUGUAAUGUCUGUCUGUGUAAUGUUAAUAAGCGAAUCAUUAAAGUAGAUAUAGGAUGUCGUUAAAAUAUAUUUGAGCAGUGUGGAAGUGGAAGUGAAAGUGUGAUUGACAGUAAAUGAAUUUAGUUUUUUUUCGUCGCAAGAUUCCAUUCGUGACAGAACUGUGCAUUAAGACUACGAUAGGGGACAGAUUUAAUAUUGUAUGAAUAACUUUGUAUGGAAGGAUUUGUAAUUUCUAACUUCUUGCAGCUCUAGUCUAUACUGGAUAGGGAUAAUUAAAAGAAAGCCAGAAUAUUCGAAACUAAACUUCAUUCUUUGCAAUAUAAAAUGUAAUAUUAUACACAGAGUGUCUCAGCAUAGACGUGGAUAAUAUUUUAAUUUCAGCUUGAUUUGUCAAAUUUCAGAUUUUUUAUUUUAUUUCCUGUGUAUUUAGAAACAAGAAAAUUUUCAAAAAUCGAUGUUUUAAAGAUGCGAUUAAAUAAUGAAAUGUUAUUUAUUUAAUUGUUUAUUCAACUCAAAAUGAAUUUUAAUUCUCUUCAAAUGUUAAUAUAUCUGAUGUUUAAAUUAAAAAAAAAAAUAAUAGGAGAUAAACUGUCUUUUAAAAUUUUUAUUAAGAAAUAUCAAUGUUAAAUUCAUCAAAUCUAUGUAAGUAUAAAUUUACAAGAUAUCAUUUGCACGUUUUCGAGCAACCUGUGUAUAUUCUAUGUAUAUUUGGAAUAUUACAAAUUUGCACACAGUAUUCGCAUGUGAACACUUGUUCAAGCACAAAGGGUUAAAUUAUUUCUUUUUCAAUAAUCUGUAUACCACAUAUGAGGUAGAAAUGUAUUAAUGUUUUCGCUAAUUGACUCCUUCGUUCAUCUGUCAAAUUUACUCGUUUUAAAGACGAUUUGGGGAGAGAUAUGUGAUGGAAUUUCCAGGUAGCUUCAGAAGCCCACCUGCAACCAACAUCGACGUCCAAAUGUGCAAUUGUUUAGUUAAACGACAUACGUAUUCUUAACGAAUGCUACUGUAAAUAAUGUAAAUAUGUACAUCAGUUCUAUUUUAUAAUAGGGCCAAUGAAUUGAUUUGGCAAUUGAGUAUCGUAUGAAACUCGAUCUAUGCUAUAUGCAGAUAAAGGUAAGAUAAUAUUAUCAUAAAAAAAAACAAUAAAUCAACUUAUGUAUACCUUAAUAAAAUUUAUGUAUUGAGGUACGUUUUUAAAUAA